AUGGCGCUUGCCGCCGCGGGCGGGAACCCAGCGGCGCUCAAGCGCUCGGAGAUGCUCCCGGAACCCAGCCAGCUCGCGGCCGCAUUCGAAGAGGCGCACGGUGGGCCUCGCAGGGAGCACGGGGGCGCCGCCAACAAGCAGCUCUCCGCGCGCGCGAUGGUGCUGGGGGGAUUCGCGCCCUGCGCUGGCCUGGCGGUCUGGGUGUUCGCGGGGGGCGAGCUCGUCUCGCGGCGCGGGUCCGCCUUCCUUCGACGCGCGAAGGUUGUGUUGGAGGGCGUUUCCUGCUGCCGCGCUCAUGAGUCAGGAGUGAUGCGUCUCCUCAACGUGGCUUUUCCGAACCAUCGGGGCAUCAUCUCCCGCGCGGGCGACGAGGUGAGGGUAGCUUCGUCCGGGGGCGAGGCAGUCAUCGGCGAAAGCGCUCUGUCCGACGCGGGGCUUCAUGCUCACGCGUCGGAGGCGCCCGCGGCCUCGGCGCCCCUCGGCGGAGCCGGCGGCGGCAAGCCGGAAACUGGGGGCGCUUCUCCCCGGUGGGCGGCCGUCGCGCAGAGGUUCCGGGAGGCCCGCGGAGUUGCCGGGUGCCGCUUUGCGAAGCGAUUUUGGAUGGGGCCGUUCUCGUUCCGGUAUUUCGACGACAUGACCAAGGCGCGGAAGAACGAGGCGACGCGGCCCCCAGGCGCGGAAGCGGGUCGUCGGGGAGCGGCCGCGCGCGACCACGCGGGCGAGCCACCGCGCGUGGCCGCGGCGCUUCUCACGGCCUCGGGCAUCCAGGUCACUUCCACGCGGGCGCUGGAUCCCUUGUCGGCGGCGUUAGUGCGACGCCGGGGCAACCGGGCGCAGUGGCUGGAGCUUGUGCACCUUUGCAGGCGCGGCCGCCGCGCGCUCUCGCCCGCCCCCCCUUGUUCUGCCCGCCCCUGUCUUACUUGUCCAGGGGAAACGCAGGAGUGCGAUUUGCGCGUCUACAGCGAAAACACCGGCGCUGAGUCCUUCCUCCGCGAGGGCGCCGCGAAGCCGUUUGAUCAGUUGCGCAUCGUUCGCUCCGCGUGGAUGCGCGCCGUCGAACUCGACGUUGGCCUCGCCGCGUUUCGCGUGCCGACGGAUGACGACCUCGCCGACGCGCCUUCCCGGCGCGUCGUCACCGCGCUGCCGCCUGUCCGCCGGCGCCGCGUCUCGCAGGGGGCCGGCAUGGCCAAUCUCGUCGCCAUGGGCCCACUGCCCGCCCCAGUUCUCCCGCAGCAGGGCGACCCGGGCGACUCGCUGGACGGAUACCGCGGCGACGGCGACCAAGAUUUGGCCGACGACGACGACGACGACGUGACCGAUGCGAAGUACACUCUGGGCCAGAUCGUUGCCGCAGUAAUGAUAUUUCACGAGAUAACAAACCAGAGCGAUGUCAAAGCUGCGUUGCAAAAUGCUUUCAAGUACGCUGGCGUCGACCAGAUAGUUGGAGAUGGUAUGCGCCACAUCGAGCAGUACCGCUUGAAAAUGAAGCAAGAUCCGCAUAUGCUGUUCGGCGCGCUCAAAAAAGGUUGCCUCGCCAUGCCGCAACGGAAGGACCUCGAAGCUGGCUUCCGUGGGCUUGGAACGUUCAUGGGAAAGCGUGGUCUUCGAAAGCGGUUCGUUAGCAAGUGCCUCCAGCCGAUCUUGAUCGAGCUACUCUGGGUGAAAGUGCGGUGCAUCUACAUCGAGAGGCGUUGGCUAGUGGGGCGCCGUUGCCACGGCAGGCGCCGCGCCGUGGAGCUUGCCAUGGGUCAUGCGGAGAAGUCUCGGCGCAUGCUUGUGGAGGCGACGUCGGAAGAGUUGGCUCGCAUGCUGAACGCGCGCGACGAACUUUCUCGAGUCGCAUACCUCCAGGGCAGCGACAUCCCGGACGAGUUGGCUGCGAAGUUCGCGCGCGCAGUUCGCUUGCGGUGCUGGUCGGUGAGCGAGCGGUGCGAGAUAUGCACGAAGCUGCGUGUCUCCACAAAGAUACGGAUAUCGAAGCAUGCAUGGCGGGGUGGAAGCAAGCGCUUGCGGACAUCGAGCCAGCAAAGCCAUUGGCGCUUGACGGAGGCGCAGUCGUGCUUGAUGGACCACUCCAGAUCCUUGCUUCGGCGCGGGUGCGCACUGUCUGCGCCGCUGCGCGGGGUUGCUGAGGACGACGACCCCGCGAGCACAGUGGAUGCCAUAUGGGAUAUACUGCAAGAGCCUCCAGCCGCAGCGUUGGAUGCAUUGGGCGACGACGUGAAACUAUACGAAGUGGUGCAUCUUAACCCUGGUGGCCGAACCUUGGCCAACGCUGCGGUGAGGGAACGCAUCCCGUCGACGUGCAUCAGCGUUCGGGAGCUGAAGCCCAUUGGCGUCAUCGAGAACGGUCGGGUCAACAUCGAACAGGGCGAGAACGGUAUUCUUUUGCUUGACUUAGGCAAGUGGACUACUCAGCAGAGGUUCCGGCAUAUGUGUUCGAGGGUGUUCCUAUGGCGAUUAGCCCACGUGCCGACCAGCCUCCAACCAGCGCGCGAAGUUUGUCCAGCCUUACAGGAUGUUCCAGUUGAGGGUGGGGAAGAGCCACAUGACGAGGGCGAGCCAGUGCUGGACCUUGUCCCUCAUGUGUCAAUGGUGACCCACAUCGUGAGCCUCUCCCAGUUGGCGGUCAUGGAACAGACUUAUGUGGACGGCAUACCUACGUUUGGAAAUCCAAGUCUGGAUGUGAUCAGCAAGCACAGUGUGGACGCCCUUCUGCGCUGCGGUAUUCUUGUGAAACAGGAGAGCGAGUUUGGCGACGAAGUCAUGGACAUUGACUGGAGGAAGGUUCGCUGGGAAUCGCAUCGGGUUGCAUUUGGUCCCGUGCAGUUUGCCAGACGCGUGAAGGAUGCUUGCGUGUUUCGCGAUAUCUCGAAAGUCUCGUUGCGCGUUGCAUUCUUGGACAUGGGCUGGGCGCCAGAGAGACGCCCUGAACCGAUAGCGGCAGCAGACAUCAUAGACUGUUAUGAGAAUUUGUUCCGGAGCAAGUGUUAUUGGCUCGCACUGCUCAAGUCUAAAUCCAUAUUCGAGGACAAGCACGUGGCGACGAUUUUUCACAAUAAGCCGUAUGCGAAUUAUGAAUGCUUGAUCCAGCUUUCCGAGAAAAAACUGCGAACGAUUCUCAACGACCCGAGUUUUCCCCGCGUCACGAACAAGGCGGGCGGGCCCUCCGCCGCCAUCGCCUGCAGGAUCCUCGAGCGCCGCUCCGCUGCGCCGCUGGACCGCCGCUGUCGCUUCCUGGUGGCGCUCGGGGCCGCCUCGACGCCGAGCGGCGCCUUGCUGGUCCCCAGGGCCGCCUCCGAGAGCGCGCUCGCGCGAUCUCCCACCUCCAUGGUCCUGCUCAGGGAAGACAGCCCGUCGAGGCGGUGCCAGUCUUUUCAGGUGGGCGCCUCGCCGCAGAGACCCCUUGGGCCCGUCGGCGCGCCCUCCUGGCAGCCGCCCUCCGCUGCCGCUGCGGCGUCACCGCGGCGGCCGCCGCCGCGGCCGCCGACCGGGCCGCCUGGGACCCCGGCGCAGCUCCCGCGGGCGGCGUCCCACUCCCCCAUGCGGGCCCCGCCGCUGCCUGGCGCCCUUGGACAGCCGCCCCAUCUCGCCCCUGGCGACGCGCCGCCGUGGCAGGUCGCUGCGGGGCACGGCGCGGCGCAGCCGCAGCAGGCGCCGCCGCAGCAGCCGCAGCAGCCGCAGCAGCCGCAGCAGCCGCAGCAGCCGCAGCAGCCGCAGCAGCCGCAGCAGCCGCAGCCACAGCGGCCGCACCGGCCGACUCAGCUGCCACAGCCGCAGCCACAGCGGCCGCACCGGCCGACUUUGCUGCCAGAGCCGCAAUCGCAGCGGCCGCACCGGCCGACUCAGCUGCUGCAGCCGCAGCCGCAGCGCCAGCCGCUGCAGGAGUCGCCGUCUGUUGCCGACCUGGCGCGGCAGACGCCGCCGACGCCGCAGCUCGGGGGCUCGCGCCGCCUCGCGGCCCCCGACGCCGCGGAGCCCACGACGCCCCGCACCCCGCGCUCGGCGCCCCCCUCCGCGCGCGGGGCCGUGGGCCUGGGGCCCAAGCAGGCGGUGCCGCCCGCGCCGGAGGCGGGCGCAGCUGGUGCGCCGCAUGCCGGGCCGCAGGGGAAGGUCGCCCCCCAGGACGCCCCGAUCGCUGCGGUGCUCCCGACGAGGGGGCUUCCGCCGAAGGCGGCGCGCCGAACACUCCCGCCGCGCCUGCCGCUGGACUCCCUCGCCCUGGCCGCGGCCGAGGGCGCGGGCGGCGCCGACCAGGCCCCCCUGAGCGGCCGGCGGGCCUCCGUGGUGGGGCCGUCGCCGGCGCAGGCGGCCGCCGCCGGCGGGACGCAGGAAGCUGACGGCGCAGUCCCGCCGGGGUUCCACGGCGCGUCCAGCGGGGCCGAUGGCGUUCCGCGGGCCGCCGAGGUGACGCGCCGCCGGCUGUCUGCCGCGGCCUCGGCGGGCCUGCCCUGGGCCGAGCCGGUGGCAGGGCUGGCAGCAGCGUGA